GGGAGCACCGGAGCAGUAGUAGCAGCGAGGAGCGAACCACAUGCUUUCCCGGUGCCGGUUGGGUGCCCCUUUAGCGGCGGCGAUGUUUGCGGAAAGACUGGAGGAGGAAGACUAGACUGUCUGGCAGACAGGUGCACCUCCUCUUCCUCCUCCUCCUCUCCAGUAGCACAGCGAGUGUUCGUCCUGUCAGGUGCAGGCAUAGCAGCCAUGGAGAAGCCGCGAUUCAAGCCCAUGAAAGCCAAAACGACCAAGCGGAAAGAGAAGCCGCACCGGAGAGGCACGUUCACCCGGAGGAAGUCUCUUCGUUCUCUCGCUCAUUUCAUGGGCAGGAUUCUGAAAACUUUGAGCACUUUGGCGCACUUCGGCGAGGGGCGGCCGCCGGAGCCCGGAGAGGAGGAGGAGGACGACGACGGCGGGUUCGGGCGAAGCGACGCCGGCGGCUUUCAAGACGAAGCCCCGGCGGGUGUUCCCAAGGACGGCGCCGCGAAGAAGAGCUCCGCGCUGUCCUCCCACGGCUCGGUCAAGGAGCGGCUGUCGUGGUGCUACGGCGACAAGACGCCCGGGGCUCUGGGGCUCAAGAACCACGGCAACACCUGCUUCAUGAACGCCGUGGUGCAGUGCCUCAGCAACACCGACCUGCUGGCCGAGUACCUCGGGCUGGAGCGCUACAAGCCGGACGUGUUGGCCCGCAGGGUGAACGGCGAGGCCGCCAGGGCCGAGGUGACCGAGCAGCUGGCGUCGCUGGUUCGAGCCCUGUGGACGCUCGAGUACACGCCGCAGCUCUCCGUCGACUUCAAGAGCAUUGUGGCCAAAUAUGGCUCUCAGUUUCGGGGCAACUCGCAGCACGAUGCCCUGGAGUUCCUCCUCUGGCUUCUGGACAGAGUUCACGAAGAUGCCAAAAACCCAAACAACAACAACUGUAGCAGCAGCAGUAGCAACAACACCAAAGCCAAUGUCAAGGGACCCAGCUCACUGGAGGACCUGAACAACACGCAACAGCCCAGAGGCCGCAACAGUUUUGUCCAGGAGCACUUCCAGGCCCAGUACAGGUCAUCUCUGACUUGCCCUCAUUGCCUUAAGCAGAGCAACACCUUCGACCCCUUUUUAUGUAUUUCCCUGCCCAUCCCUCUGCGACAAACCAGGCCAAUGUGUGUGACGCUGGUGUUCAGUACCAAGAGUCAGCGAUAUCUACGAGUCGGGCUCGCCGUGCCUCUCUUUGGUUCACUCUCAAGCUUGAGAGUCAUGGUGGCAGAGGAGGGAGGCAUCUCUCCAGACCAGGUCAUCCUGGCCGAGUUGUACUCCACCGGAUUCCAGCGUUCCUUCUCAGACGAAGAUGACCUGACAGCCAUCGCUGAUAGCGACGUCAUCUACGCCUUCCAAGCUCCGCCUCUGCACGGUCGUGGAGGCUCUGCGCAACACUCAGGGUAUCACCACAGCCUCCCCAGUUCCCCCCACAGCUCCUCGGCUGCGAGGUUGCCAUCGUCCGGCACGCUUUCCACUGAGUACCUGAAUCAAGGCGGCUCGUCCAAAGUUCUGGUCCUCCUCUGCAACACGUCCGGAUGCGGUCAGCAGGCCGUCAGGUUCGGGCCGCCAUUUCUCAUGCUGGAAGACAGGAGCAUCUCUUGGGAGCAGCUGCAGCAGAGCAUCCUCACCAAGCUCUAUUAUCUGAUGCUGAACAGAUCUCAGGCUCAGAACACCAGGGUGCUGUUUAAGAUCAGAGUGGUGGGAGGCUCGGCAUCUUAUAGCUACCUGUCGCCUCAAGACAGCAGACCGCUGCAGCACCCUGCCGUUGACAGAGCACUGAAAUUUUGUGGCCCCGGAGGUCCUCCACAUGUGAAGGUUGUCAUCGAGUGGGAGCGCAAGCUUAAAGACUGUCUGUUUGGCAGCAUCCAGGAGGAAGUUGUUCAAGAUGCCGAAAGCGUUAGGAACCAGCAGCAGCAGCAUCUUCAGCAACAUAGCUGCACUCUGGACCAGUGUUUCCAGCUUUAUACCAAAGAAGAGCAGCUGGCUCCGGAUGACGCCUGGAAGUGCCCUCACUGCAAGCAACUGCAGCAGGGCAUGGUGAAGAUGAGCUUGUGGACGCUGCCCGACAUACUCAUCCUUCACCUCAAGCGCUUUCGACAGGUAGGCGAGCGCAGGAACAAGCUUUCAACACUGGUGCAUUUCCCACUGACUGCCUUGGACAUGGCCCCCCAUGUUGUUAAGAGGAGCCAAAGUACGCGUAACCCGAAUAGCGGGCCGUGGCCCACAUCCUGGCCCAAGUCUUCGGGCCAACACCACCCACCUGCAGACAUGACCCUCCCUCACGACUACCUGUAUGACCUCUACGCCGUGUGCAAUCAUCAUGGAGGAAUGCACGGGGGACACUACACUGCCUAUUGCCGGAACUCUGUGGACGGCGUGUGGUACAGCUACGAUGACAGCAGUGUCGACCUGGUCCCGGAGCAGGAAAUCUGCACCAGGGGAGUUUAUAUUCUCUUCUACCAAAGACGAAACAUCAUUCCUCCAUGGUCGGCCAGCAGCUCCGUCAGAGGCUCGACAAGUUCUUCAGUGUCAGACCACUGGUUAAUCCGCCUGACAGGAGAGAGCAAGAGAGGCAGCCUGGUGUCACGCUCGUCCACCAACUGCCCGUCUUCCGUUCCCGACUCCCCUGACUCUCCCGUCUUCCUGGAGAACACUCCUAAAGAGGAAGGAGGGGGCUUUGAGAGCAGAACUUUGGUGAGGAGUGUGAGCAUGAGGGCACCCAACAAGAACAAGGACACCUUAAACAAGGUGCUACCCUUGCGGUGGUCGCUUGGUUCCAGAGACCGACGAAAACCUGACCCGUCGCCUCCAGACGUUCGAGACCCUGCGCCAGUAGAGCUGGUCCAGUAUUUGGAGUCCGGUCGACGGCCUCGCUGCACCAAGGAUCCGAUAGAGUCGUUAAUGAACGAACCUCGAAGCGUCAAGGAAGCGAACGGUGGCCGAGCGGUCAGAUCCUCUAGUGUGGGAAGGAUCAGUUGUGUGGGUAAAGCAGGAGAUGAAUCUAAACAAGUGCCAGAGGGCCAGAGGAGGCCAUCAGAUCAAACAUCCAGCUUACGCCGCCGAAAAGAGAACCCGCCAAGAGAGGAAGGCAGUAGUAACACUCUUACAAUGAGAAAAGACUCCAAGAGGCAGAGCUCCUCCAAAGCUCAGAUGAAGCAAGCAUCCAGUUCUGGUGUUCAAAGUAGCUCGAGCACCUCCAGCAUUCUCGGCGGCACUCUCAGAAGACAGAAAGACGACCGAACGGACGGGGAACGCCGCGGUGCAAACGAAGGCGGUGCGAAGCCCAAGAGCCACGAGGGACUCCUGUCUUUUCUUAAAGGUAACUUCCUGAGAAGGGACAAGGACUCCAGGAGGUCCGAGGACGGCGGCAGAAGGUCCGGGCUGUGGUUGGCCAACGGAGCGGCCGGAGGCGAGCGGAGAAAGUCUCACGGCGAAGAACUCUCAAACGGGAAAGCGGGGCGAAGCUCGUCCGACAUCAAGCGCUCGCAGAGCUCUUCCAGCCUCCCCGCCAGGACGGAGCAGAGCGCCCGCAGGACGGCGUCGCUGCAGCGCAACGGCACGUCGGCGCCCUCGACGCAGAUCCGCAGCCCCACCGACCCGAAGACGUCUUACGGGAGCCUGCCGAGGCCUUGCUACAGCACCACUUCUCUGGGACGCAAAAAGAACGUUCCAGAGUCCAGCUUCUGACGAGGACGCCUCGAAGGGCCUUGAAGCUCUGUGAAAUCAAAGCAAUAGAGCACAAUUAUCGACUCAAAUUAACUGGAAUGGACCACACAAAGCUUCUACUCUUCGAUACAAAGCGCAGAAUGACAUAAUGUGGACUACUCGAAAAGUGCCUGAGCAACUUCUAUGCAGUUGAGACAAUGUGUUGUGUUGAUAUGUAUUUUGAGCACUGGAAGCACACCGCACUGAUAGCAGAUCCACCGACCCAACACAUAUGUGUCUUAUUAUUAUUUGAAUCCACUUCAUCCAAAUUCUAUUAGUGGAGUUUGCUCGCAAUCACGACACACUGAUUGUGUUUAAUGAAGAGAAUGUACAAUGACUUUAAUGCUGCUAAUUGACCACGGCUAUUUAACUUCAACUCCUUGUUGGUUCGACAAACGCUUUCAUUCUCAAGUAGUGACGACGUUGGUUUGCAUUCCCGAACAAACGAUGGCGGGCAUGUGUGCUUUAUUUUAAGAAUUGUCACUGUGUGUUAACGUCUUCAGGCGCAGCAUAUUCUUUCUUACGCCCUAAUUCUCAUACUUUUUGUCCACUUCUAAACACUUAACCUUCAUGACUUUUAUUAAUUACACCACACGUUAUACAGUGGAACCUCCAUAGUAAACUUUUGGGGGAUUCGAAAAACAUUUCUCCCAUAUGGAAUAAUGGGAGUAAAAAUUAAACCGGGCCAAUCGUGAACUGUCCAAGCAAUAUUUUAAGACAUGCAUUUUUUCCCCCCACAGCGAUAACCCAUGAAGACAAUGAAAGCGUUUCUUACACUAAGAAGUGUAAGAAACGCUGAAGCUAUAUGGACACAUCACCUAACGCAAACACCUAACGCAAACACAUUUUCAGAAAGAGACAGAUAACUUACUUAAUUUAAUAAUUUACUUGGUUGCUUAAAUUCACACUUCAUGGGCAUUAAAAUGUCAAUUUUCCUCAAUAUGGCAAGGUACCAAAAAAAAACUAAACAAAAAAAAGACAAGUACCCCACUAAUGUAAACUGUAAAAACAAUUUUGCGUGACCUUUCACAUGUAGCGGCUAGCCCAUGCAGCUAAUGUUAGCUAAGUCAUCUCACUUCAGUUUUUCACUGAAUCCUUCUUCAUGCUGCUGCUGAACGUCUUUUAAGUGAAUGAUUUGUCCCAUUAGAAGAUGACUCAUUGCUCAGAAUGGCGAGGGUAUUUUCACUGGGAUAAAACUAUUCGCUCGUCAAACGCUUGUCUACAUGAAAAGCCCACGGAAGCAACUAAUGGCUGUGGAGGCUGAAUGACAGAUUGCUAAACUUCCCCUUCUUUGAACUGCUGAUUUGACAGCUGUCUCCGCUGUGCAUGUGUGCCUCAAAUGUCAAAGCUUGACAAAUAUGCCCCAUUUUAGCUCACUCACCUUCAAGCUAACGAGCGGCCCGGCCAUGUUUUUCCAUCCGUGAAUCAUCGAACUACAUUUAUCAACCGCUACCAUCAUUGACGUCACUUCGCCAGAGGGAAUUAUUUGUUAAAUGUGUUAGGUACUGCACGGUAACUAGUGGUUGGCCCGUCUGCCUCAGAGUUCUGAUGUUUUGGGAUUGAAUGCGGGCCCCGGCCUUCAUUCUGGGGAGUUUCUCCGGGUACUUCGGCUUCCUCCCAAUUUCCAAAAACAUUCACAUUUGGUACAUUGACAACACUAAAUUGUCCACUGGUGUGAUUGUGGUUGUGAAUGCUUGUUUGUCUAUAUAUGCAAUGGGCUGGCAACCAGUCCGGGGUGUACACCGCUGCCCGUGUCUUGCUCCAAAGUCAACUGGGAUAGGCUCCUGCUUACAUGUGACCUGAAUGAGAAGAAUAUAUACAUUAGAUAUUAGAUAUAUACAGUGGUGAUCCCAGUACGGUGAUCCCUCGUUUUUCGCGGUUAAUGGGGACCAGAACCCAACCGUGACUUUGUUCUCCCGUUACUGUACUGUCCUUUUUAAUGACACCAAGUGACUAGAGGGACAAAAACUCAUUCAGACUCCCAGCACAGCCUUUUUUGUUUUUGUUUCCCCUCCCCCUGUGUCAACAUCCGCUGAAGCACUACAAUCGCUCUCAUAAAAUUUUUCCAAAUGCCUCCAGAGAUGUGCAACCAAUGGGACGCCGACUCAUUGUUAGUGGAGUCAAACACCAAACCAUCGCACUUUAUUUUCUUGACAGUUGAAAGAUGAGCACAAAAUGGAUGAAAGGUAUGAAACAGUAGACAGAGGUGCCUGCAGAUACAAAUGACCUCACUUGGAAAUUUUUCAAGAUAGACCAAUUGUUUUACUUUGACUUGCAAGCAAAAACCUGAGAUACCAGCGCUGUUAUGUUGGGAGUGAAGUCAACUCAUUUCACAACAAGCAGCAGUUUGGCAGAUAGUGAACAAACAAAAAAAGAGCCUUCAAGUUGUUAAUUGCCACUCCCACUUGAGGUUUACAUUGCCUUAGAUAAGUCCCAUUAGCUUAAUGCUAACAAACAACGCAAAACGCAAAUCGAUAGGUGUGGUUUUAGAAGCAACAGGUAUUUGACAGUAGACGGAUAAUAUAGCAAUACUUACAAGCAUAUAUUCAUUAUCCUCUCCGAAAACAACAACUACAACUGCAACUUACUGAGGACCGUGAAACUGAAUGAGAUAAACUCGUACCUCAAGGCACCACUGAAAAAGGAACAUCGAGUGAGCUUUCAGUACGUUUCCAUAAGAUUUGGAAAUCGGUUAACCCAGUUCUGAUGUUGGGGCUUCGAAUCCGGGCUCCGGUUUUCCUGUGUGGAGUUGCCCAGUGCUUGCGUGGGUUUUCUCCAGGUUCUUUGGCUUCCUCCCACACUCCAAAAAAACAUACAUUAGUUUUCUUUAAGACUAAAUUGUUUUUCGGUGUGAAUGCUUGUUUGUCCAUAUGUGCAAUGGGGCCGGCAACCAGUCCUGGGUGUACCCCGCCUCUCCCCCAAAGUCAGCUGGGUUAGGCUAAUGCGGACCUGCGACCCGAAUAAGGACAAGCGCUGUAAACAAGAUAUAGACUCUAACUCUAACGCUCUAACUGUUAGCACAUCUGCCUCACAGUUCUGAGGACCGGGGUUCAAAUCCCGGCCCCGCCUGUGUGGAGUUUGCAUGUUCUCCCCGUGCCUGCGUGGGUUUUCUCCGGGCACUGCGGUUUCCUUCCACAUCCCAAAAACAUGCACGGUAGGUUGAUUGAAGACUCUAAAUUGCCUGUAGGUGUGAAUGUGAGUGCGAAUGGUGGUUCGUUUCUAUGUGCCCUGCGAUUGGCUGGCGACCAGUUCAGGGUGUACCCCACCUCCUGCCCAAUGAUAGCUGGGGAUAGGCUGCGGCACUCCCGCGACCCUUGUGAGAAUAAGCGGCUCGGAAAAUGGAUUAUUCAUUGCCAAUUCCUAUUCAUUCUCGAUAAUUCCCAUGAAAGUUGACUUUUACACGAUAAAAUUUGGCAGAAUUUUGCAACUCUAUUAAUGGUCUUCAUUGAAGUAAGUGAAAUGGCCCCAGCAAAGUUCCCCACGUCCCCCAGUUAAGGAUUGUACGCUUCACGUUGUUUACAAGCUGGGCACUUCUUUUGUAACACAAGCAUUUAAUAUGCAAGAUUUGUAUUUUUAAUUUUUUCCCCCCCUCAUCAUUCAAAUUUGCUGUACAUCAUGUGUGCGGGGGAGAUGUAAUUAAAUGUGGAUGUGUAAUUUAAAGCGUGAAGCUCUCUUGCCUGUACAGAUCUUAGAUUUGUCAUUGACUGUGUGAGGAUCACAUUGAGUUGUACUGUAUAACUUUAUUUUUCCACUAAUAUGAAUAAAAAUAUAUGUAUAUUA